AUGGGUAUUGAAGACCAAAAAGAAGAGCGGGAGGUGCUCGAGUCUAUUUUCCCGGACGAGAUCACAGAUGUUUCCGAGACAGAGUUCCGAAUCGCAAUAACGCUCGACGAUGGCCGCCACGAAGACGAUGAGAGCGAAGAGGAGCAACCUGUCAUCAUCCUAAAUGUUUCCUACCCGCCAAACUACCCCGACGAAGCCCCCAGGCUCGACGUAACACAACCGCCUAACGCGCCAAGACACGCCUACCUCGAUAUACAAGAGGACAAGCAAAGACUCCUAGACUCGCUCACAGAGACGAUAGAAGAGAACCUCGGUAUGGCCAUGAUCUUCACCCUCGUAACCGUCCUCAAAGAUAGUGCUGAGCUCCUCAUGACUGAGCGCCAAAACGCAAAGCAAGCCCUCGCCGACAUAGCUGCCGCCAAAGCCGAGGAAGAAGAAAACAAGAAGUUUCAAGGUGAGGCAGUCACACGAGAGACUUUCUUAGCAUGGAGAGAGAGGUUUAGGAAGGAGAUGGAGGAUGAGAAGAAGCGGAAGGAAGAGGAGAAGGAGGUAGAAGACAAGAAGAAGCGGAUUGUCAAGGAGGAGAAGAAAUUGACGGGCAAGGAGCUGUGGCAGCAGGGCCUGGUUGGAAAGGUGGAUGAUGAUGAAGAUGAUGACGACGUAGAUGAGGUGGAUGUAGGAAAGUUGAAGAUUGAGGCGACCUCAUAA